UUCGAGUUACAAUCUCACACGAGUUCAUGCUGAUGGGGCUGCAAGGCGUCGUGGUCGCUGCUGCGGCAGUCGCGCGGUCGAUGCGGGUCCACGCGACGUACAGCCAUGUGGAACCAGUACGUCCAAGUGUCGAGCUGAUUGCCGUGGAGAGGAGUCUGCCGGCGGAUAUGCAAGCGACAACGUUGUGCACGAAAUACGUGGACUCGUGUGCCCAGAUUGUCGACGCCAUCGGGGAGCACGUGGCCUUUCUGGAAGCCCACGACCUCGACUUUUCUGUCGUCAAUUUCACGAUCCCUCAGCCAGACUCGAACGUGCUGUCGCUUGUCGUGGACGGCCGAUUGCAUUCCAUUCAAUUACAAUCGCGACAAGAUCCAUCGCUGGAGGUUGCACUGUUUUGCCGCGCGCAUGCGCUGUCGAUGGCCGACUGCCAUUCGAUCCACGUCCAAGCAAUGUGGAAAUCCAAGUUUACAUUUGCACCAGCCGCGGACAGCGACCUGACGUCGCCGCAUUUGUUUCGCACCAUGCGACCGCGCCAAUUGUGUCCACUGAACCAGCGACUGUAUCUAGAGAUCGACCGCAAUCUCUCUGACGUGUGCUUUUUCGUUGACACCCAAGUCGAGCCAGCGUACUGUGGCCGCCUCGAUCGAGAUGAGCCCAUGUUCAUGAAAGCCAACGUGAUGCCUCAACCUGGUCCCCACUUUGUCAUGGUAACCAACGGGUCCCAGCCCAUGCAUGCGAUCUUUUUCACGAUGGUGAAGCCGUCCGUGCAACUCGUUCGUCGCGGCACCUCCGUUGCCAUCGAAUUCGACGGCGUCGAUAUCCAAGACGACAGGAAUCGCGUGUGCCUCGUGACGACGUCAUCUGCAGAUUCGUACACACCCUUUGCCUGCUUCAACUCGACCUACUUGUCGAUGCACAUGACGCUGCCGCCUCUUCCACACGCCCGGACCAGUGUCGUGGCGUUGGUCGUGAACGAGUACAACAAGUGCAUCUGUCGGUCCAACGAGAUGCAUCUGCCACAGCGCGCCGACAAAACUCCUCCGAUGGUCCCUCCUUUCAUGUUUGCCUCGCCCAAACACCAUCCGAACGUCCCGCCGUCGCGCGAGUCCAUCUUGCAUGCGCUGUUUGACCAAGAAUAUGGCGUGUUUUCCCAAAACGGCGAGGACGGGGUCUUGCAAUUGCUCUUUCAGCUCGUCGCCCCGACAAACAAAAUCUUUGUAGAAUUUGGGGUCGAGGACGGCAUGGAGUGCAACACGCGGUACUUGCGCGAGGUGCACGGGUGGACGGGGCUCUCCAUGGACGGCAGCCACUCGGAUCCGUCGACAAACCUUCACCAGGCAUGGAUCACCCCGGGCAACAUUGUCGGUUUGUUCGAGCAGCACGAGAUUCCAUCGCACUUUGACUUGCUCUCGGUCGACAUCGACUUCAACGAUUACUACGUCCUUCAAGCCAUCCUCGAGCGGUACACGCCGUCCGUCAUCGUCGUCGAAGUCAACUCGCACUAUCGGUACCCCGACGACCGAGUUGCCACGUACGACCCCCAAGGAUGGGAUGGCGUGUCCAACUACUUUGGCGCGACACUUGCCGCGUUUGUCCGACUCUUGAACGGCUACACCCUUGUGUACUGCGAAUCCCACGGCGUGAAUUGUUUCUUUGUCAGGACCGACCUGUGGCCAGCAACGUGGAGAGAAGACCCUGCCACGAUCGACCGACCGCCCAACUUUUUUGGAAAGGGGUGGAGGUAUCCCCCGUCGCUCCAUGCCACGUGGGCCACGGGCGUUGUUUGAAUCCAUCGCAGACAUCCACCAUUGUUUUGAACAUGAAAACUCAGAGAAAUGGGGACAGUGCGGAACGUGUGGGGGAGCUACGAUCGUCCCCCUGGCUGGUCAAGACGUGUACCCAACACGCAUCGAGUGGAAAACGAAACCACUCGGUCCACCGUUGGAGUGCCAGACAAGGAAUGGAUGGCAAUGGCCGAUUGUUCAUUUUGAAAAGUGCAGCGCGUCACCGCAAGGUCUGCAUACCAAACCGAACGGCGCAGUGAGUUCCCUCGAGUUUUCGUUCAAGCAAGGAGGUGUCUGUCCUCUUUGACCACGGAAGUAGUUCCAUCGGAGUGUCGUGAUCGUACUCUGACAACUUGUGGCGUUGAUUUGAAGGACUGGUUGAAACCU